CGCAAGAGAGGCAGAUUAACUCCAUCUAGGCAAGAGGGAACAGCAACGCCGCUGCUCUCACUGGUGUUACCCUUAGUUAACUCGCUUGUGCCCCUGUGAGGUUAUCGAGUGCCCUGUGUACCUGCGCGGUGUUAAGUGCGUGAAGCUCUCUCUAUCCAGUACCCAAGGCAAUGGAUAAGGAAGGACGAGAGGAGAAGGGGGGAAGGCGGGUGAUGGUUGGCGUGGCAGGCGUGGUGCUGGCCGCCUCCUUCCUCUUCAUGCGAGGCCCCGUCCAGGAAACAUCAGCGCCCUCCACUCCGCCCACAUACGAUUACGACCCAUGCUGCUCCUUUCCGUGCCAGAACCAGGGCGUGUGUACAACCUUGCAGAACAACAGCUACACGUGCGACUGCACGGGCACGGGCCACUACGGAACCAACUGUCAAAUACCCACGUGGGGGUCAUGGAUCGCCAAGCAGCUCAAGCCAGACCCAGAGACAGUGCACAACCUCAUCACCGCCAACUGGCCGCUGUGGGCUGUCAUCAACCGCAUCCCCUUCCUCCACUCCAAAAUUAUGACCUACGUGUACCUGUCACGCGGGGACCUGGUUGACUCACCACCUACAUUCGAAAGCGACCACCACUACAUCACCCUUGACGCUUACUAUAACGAAUCCUACUACGGCCGUGCCCUGCCCCCCGUGCCUGCCCACUGCCCGACCCCCAUGGGAGUGGCUGGCCCCAAGGAGUUCCCUGACGUGGACGAGCUGAUCAAGAAGGUGUUCCUGAGACGAGAGUUCAUUCCAGACCCCCAUGACACCAAUGUGCUGUUCCAAUAUUACGCUCAGCACUUCACCCACCAAUUCUUCAGGACGGAUUACACAAAGGGACCCCAUCUCACUAAGGGCAACGGAGGGGUGGACGUGUCAAACAUCUACGGCCUCAAUGAGCAGGACCGGCGUGCCCUCAGGUCAUGGGAGAAUGGGAAACUCCGCACUCAGGUGAUCAACGGCGAGGAGUUCCCACCAUACCUGAAGGACGUGCCAGCCAUCAGCAUGGACUACCCGCCCCACAUCCCCAUCCCUGAGACUGGCAAGUUUGCCCUUGGCCACCCGUUCUUCGCCCUCCUGCCUGGACUGUUUGCGUACUCCACCAUCUGGAUGAGGGAGCACAACCGUGUGUGUGACGAGCUGCUCAAGAUUCACCCUCACUGGGAUGAUGAGCGCCUCUACCAGACUGCCCGCCUUAUCGUCAUCGGCGAGGUCAUCAAGAUCACCAUUGAGGACUAUGUGCAGCAUCUGAGUCAGUACCGCCUUCGCCUGACCUUUGAGCCACACCUGACCCAUGGCACCCACUUCCAGUACCACAACCGCAUCCACGCAGAGUUCAACCACCUCUACCACUGGCACCCGCUCAUUCCCGAUGGCCUGGAGGUGAGCAACACCAGCUACGCCCUGAUGGACAUGGCCUUCUCCACUGCGCCCAUCUUCAAGCACGGCCUGGAUAACUUCAUCCACGCCAUGGUCAACAGCCGCUCCGGAGCUCUGACAUCAAGGAACCACGCACACGCUCUCUACCCAGUGCUGAAGAAGGUGAUUGAAAACGGCCGCCAGCUGAGGUUCCAGGGACUCAAUGCAUACCGCAGGAGGUUCGGCAUGCAGCCCUUCACCUCCUUCCUCGAUCUGGCCGGUGACCCUGAAUUGGCGGCUGACCUGGAGCACUUCUACGGGGACAUAGAGGCUGUGGAGUACUAUGUCGGUCUUGUCACAGAACGCCCCGGCCCCUCGGUCACCCCGCUGUCCAUGGUCAAUAUGGGAGGCCCCUGGAGUGUGAAGGGGCUCAUGGCUAACCCCAUCUGCAGCCCUAAGUACUGGAAGCCCUCCACUUUUGGCGGCGAGGAAGGCUUUCAGAUCAUCAAGACAGCCACUCUGGAGAGACUUUUCUGCCUCAACAUGAAAACUGGCUGUCAGAAUAUUGCGUUCACAGUCCCCCUGGUACGCCUUGAGCUUCUGGGGUUGUGUUAGGGUACAUUCAUGUUAUGGCUGUGUCUUGACGUCUUCCCAGCCCAUCCUGAUGUGCCCUGAGUUCCUGAAAGUGGGUUAGGGUGUUGGGGUGUGUGGCUGUCGGCUGUGAGGUGAAUUGAAGCUUCUUGCAGUUAAAACAUUCCAAAGUUUGGGCGCCCAAGUGUGUGUGUGUGUGUGUGUGUGUGUGUGUGUGUGUGUGUGUGUGUGUGUGUGUGUGUGUGUGUGAGAGAGAGAGAGAGAGAGAGAGAGGUAUUUCAGGGGCAUUUCUGUAAUUGUUCCUGUCUGUACUGGCAGGAAUGGGUUAAUUAGGAAGUGAGUGAGUGUUGGUGAGUUCCAUUAAAAUUUUUUAUGUGGGUGUGUGUAUGUAUGUCUGUAUUUAUAGAUGUGUGUGUGUGUUUCUGUCCGAGGCUAGUCAAGCUUGAGUAUUUAUUUCUGUGGAUGGAGUGUGCUUGCCUUUUCUUAUUGAUUUUUUAUUGAUAGGCAAGAUGGAAUUGUUACUUAUUUUAUUAUUUAUGUAUCUAUUUAUUUGUUAUUUACUUACUUUGAUAAAAGGGGAAUAUGAUGAAUUUAUAACACUAUUCUUUACUUAUUAAGAUAGGAAAGAAAGUGCUACAUUUGAAACAUCUUUCUUACAAGUUGAUAGCAUUGUAAACUCCACCUUUGUAUAGGGAAGAUUCAACUGACACUUGCUUCUUAGUCAUUUAUGAUGUAGAUAGACAAUUUGUUAUGGCAGAAGAGGGAAGCAUCACUCUACACAGCUUAAUGAACAGUUAGUGCUGCACUGCUGAAUGAGGAACCGGAACUCCUCCUUGUGAGCAUCCGGGAGGUGGAAGACACACAUGGACACCGGUGAGAGUGCGCCACAGAGUAUUAUUAUAAAGAGUGUCUGUGGCUGUGAGGUUCCUGUUGUUUAACACCAGAAUGCCCCAUCCUGGCUGUGCUGUACAGGCUGCAGGGGAGGAUACAGGGAUCUUCAAGUGCUUCCAUGGCUGCACUGGUAGUCUGACAGGGAUUUCUGGAGUCACAGGGGACAGAAGUGGCUGGAGAUCACCACCUCCCAUCUCUGUGGUCUCUGGAAACAGCCGUGGUGGGAUCCCAAGUGGUUAAUCCUUUCACUGUCAACAUUGAGGUCUCUGUAAUGGUUUACUUGCAUUGACAGCAAGAAAAGAUCAAUUAUAUGGUUACUUUCAUCUCUGCUUAGAUACAGAACUGUUUGAAGUGACUGUAGUACAAAAAAUUGUCAUUCGAAAUUUGUUUGUGGUAAUGGGAAAGAUUGAGUGGCUGGCACUGAAAGGGUUAAGGAUAUGAGGCUGGGAAUGAGACAUUGUUUUGACAGCAUUUUCCACUCUGCUCUUCCUCUCAGUUACCAAGAAAGAUGAAAGUGUGUGUGUGUGUGGGUGAUACUCUGAUAUUUUUUGUACAUAGGCUGUAUAUAGUUAUUGUUAUUUCAUAGAUAAAAUAAAAGAUGCAAAGAAUA